GCCUAUCUCUGAAAGGGUUACCAGGAAAUCCUGGAACCUUAGGCCCACCAGGAAUGAAGGGUCUUCAAGGAAUUCCUGGAAAUCUGGGAAUGCCCGGUCCAAUUGGCAUGCAAGGCCAUCCAGGCCCAGCGGGCGCCAAUGGGAUCCCUGGCUUUCCUGGACCUGCUGGCAACAAAGGGAGCCAAGGCUUUCAGGGAUAUCCAGGAGCAACAGGUCCACGUGGAUUUCCAGGAAUUUCUGGACCACCAGGACAACCAGGGAAUGAUGGAAUAAGAGGCCCUGAUGGUGAAUUUGGGUUAAAAGGAAGAAAAGGAGAAAGAGGGGACCCAGGGGAAGAUUCUCUGCCUAGAAUCAUUUAUGAAAAAGGCACUUCAGGAGUCUCAGGUGCUCCUGGUGACAGUGGAAUAACAGGCCCGAGAGGUGAAAAAGGGUUGCCUGGGAACUCAGGACUCCCCGGAUUGCCUGGCAGGAUUGGUUUUCCAGGCUCCGAGAAAGGUUUUCUUGGGAUAAGGGGACCAUCGGGUCUUCCUGGACAGCAAGGGGCAAUGGGACAAAAAGGUGAAAGAGGCAUUGUUGGUUUUCCAGGAAUGAGGGGGGAGAAGGGUGACAGAGGACAAUCAGGGUCACCUGGACUUGAAGGUACACCUGGUUGUAAAGGAGAAAAAG